GGUUCCUCUCUCUCUUAGGUCUGUAAAAUCCGUCAAAUUUAAUUUUUCUUGCGACCAAAAUUUUAAUAACAAUACGUUUUACAUGAAAGUUUGUGUCCAAAAUGGAUGAUAAAUAUGAACCAAUUAAACUAUCUUACACCGUACAUAAAUUCUCAAGUUAUUCUGCCAAUUACGUACCAGAAAAUAUUAUGGUAAACAAUCCAUCAGACCAACUGUCACGAUGGUUCACAGACAGUACGACUUCUUCACAGUUUAUUUUAUUGAAGUUGAAAUCACUGUCUAUAGUGGUGUCAAUAAAAUUUGGCAAAUACUCAAAGGCUCAUGUCAGCGACCUUAAGAAAUUUCAAGUUUUUGGUGGUACUGAUGAGAAUAAUCUGUCAUUGUUAUUAUCAGCUGGACUGAAAAAAGACAGUGCUGCAGAGAUAUUUAGACUACGACAUCGAACUGCGGAAGGUCUAUACUUGCCUAUUAGAUAUCUCAAAAUAGUACCACUACAGUCUUGGGGGCCAGCUUAUAAUUAUACCAUAUGGUAUGUUGAGCUGAGAGGCAGGAAUCAGGAUGAACUUAUCAGCACAGCAAUGGAGACUAUUAACUUAAGAAAAGAAGAGGAAGCCGUAAGGAUUUUAUUGAAGCAUUUACGCAGGCGUCGAUAUAAGGAUGCAUUUGAGGCACUUUCCCGUGAAAGUGGUGUGCAAUUAGAGGGACCAUUGCAGUCGCGUCUGUGGACGGCACUUGUUGAGAAUGGAGACUAUGAGCUUGCUGAAGAGAUAAUGGAAGAGGCUCUUAAUGAGGGCGAGUUUUCGUGGUACCUGUCGUGGCAACCAUACAAGCCUGAGUGGCGCGAGAUGUCUGCGUGCUCCUCUCAGGUAGAGGAACGUUUAAGUAGCGCGGACGCAGACACGCCCGCGCCGCAGCCGCGCCCGGCUGAUCUGCUUGUUUGUGCGGAUCGCGACCCACGCCCACUCCCUUUACCUGAGACGGAAGGCGCGGCUGCGGACGAGGGCGAGCCGUGCGGCGCGGGCUGCGGCGGCGGCGCCUGCUGCAGCAAGCCCGGCCCGCGCGGCGGACACCAGCUAGUGGUCGACAGUAUCACAGGUACGCUGUAUCUUUUCGGCGGGUGGAACGGUACGGAGGAUCUGGACGAUCUGUGGGCGUUCGAACCGGCGACGGAGCGCUGGACGGCGCUGUGUCGGCACAGCGGCCGCGCCGGCGGCCCGGGCCCGCGCUCCUGUCACAAGAUGGUGCUGGACGCCGCGCGCCGCCGCCUCUACACGCUCGGCCGCUACCUCGACAGCGCGCAGCGCCUGCCCGCCAACAUGAACAGCGACCUGUACUCGUUCUGCCUGUCGUCGGGCACGUGGUCGCUGGUGUGCGAGGACACGGCGGCGGUGGGCGGGCCGCGGCUCGUGUUCGACCACCAGAUGUGCAUCGACACCGACACGCAAACAAUAUACGUAUUCGGCGGACGCGUGCUACCCACCAACACUGAGGAGGUGGUGAGUCCGCAGUACUCCGGGCUGUACGCGUACUACAUCGCGACCAACACGUGGCAGCUGUUGCUCAGCGACAAGCCCGACCCGGCCGUGCCGUCGCCGCAGCCGCGCGUUUCUCACUCCAUGCUGUUCCACCCGGUGCAGCGGCGGUUGUACAUCUUCGCGGGACAGCGCAACAAGGAGCACCUGGCGGACCUGUGGUGGUGGGACGUGGGCUCCGGGGAGCGGCGCGCGCUGUGCACGCCCGCCGCCGGCCCGCCGCCCGCCGCCGGCUUCACGCAGCGCGCCACGCUCGACCCCCACACCGACCAGAUGUUCGUGCUCUCGGGUAUGAGCAAAGAGAAGGACAAGCGAGUGUACAAUACACUGUGGGUGUUUUCACUGAAGCGUUUGACAUGGACCUGCGUGUACCGUAAUGACUGCAUAUCCGCCAACGAGCCGAGGCCUCGAUUCGCGCAUCAGCUCGUCUACGAUCCCGUCAGGAAGAUCCACUACCUGUUCGGCGGCAACCCGGGCAACCAGAGCAACCCGCGGCUGCGGCUGGACGACCUGUGGGCGCUGCGGCUGGUGCGCGCGGACGGCGCCAGCCUGGUGGCCGGCGCGCGCGCCGCGCUGCGCGAGACCUGCUACCGGGAGAUGGCGGCGCAGCCCGCGCGCGGACACCUCGCGCUGACCUACCUGCGAUCCCACGUCGCCCCUACGCUCGACCACUCCGACCCGCAACAGGUGACGCGGUUCCAAAAGCUGGCAACGGUGCUGUUCGCUGGCGAGGCGGCGUGCGGGUGCGGGCGCGCGGCGGGCGCGGGCGGCGCGGGGGGCGCGGGCGGCGCGUGGUGCGAGCACGAGCCGCGGCCGCUGGACGCGCGGCGCGCGCGCGCGCUGUCCCGCCGCCGCGCCGAGCUGCCCGCGCACGCGGACCUCGCGCACGCCCUGCAAGCGGUGCUGGGCGCGGAGGACAACGCGGCGGAGAUGGAGGCGACGAUGCCGUUCGAGACGAUAUCGGCGCCCGCGCCCGACACGUGGGAGGUCGGCGAGGACGCGGACGAGGACGAGGCCGCGGCCGCAUCCGCCGGCGCCGUGUGGUGCGCGCGCGCCGCCCGCCUGCGGCUCUACGACCGGCUCGCGCGCUACUUCCGGCCCAGCACCGUGCCGCCCGCCGCCGACCUCGCCGACCUCGUGCGCCUCUAACUGC